AUUAACUUCUUGCUUCAUUACCAUCCAAGUUAAUCCACUAGAGGCUAUUUUAAUUGUCCUAAUGGCUUUUUUUACGUUUCAAUUGCUUCUUUGUAAUUUUAUAGCUUUUGAUUGUUGUUCGCCAGCACUUUCAAGUGUGUAAUCGGAGUGUUUGUAGAAAAUAAGAGAAAUAAAAAAAUCGUUCCGUUGCUAAUCAUAUUACUAAUAUGAUUCCAAGUUGUAUCUUAAUGAUGAUGAUGAAAUUUUGUGUUAUGAUUUCUUUGAUUUAAUCCAUUUUUUUCUUCUUCUUCUUCUUCUUUCUUUAAUCUUAUUCCUUUGGAAAAGGUUGUAAGCUUUAUGGAUUUGCUGGUGGCCUUUCAGGGACAGUUACGAUUAUGUCAAUAACAGCGGUUACUUUUGAACGUUAUCUAACAAUUAAUCAUCAGAACUUUUCUCAACCAUAUUUUGAUUAUCGAGGAUCAAUUGUGUUGAUUAUCCUUCUUUGGUUGUAUUCGUUUAUGUUUACAAUUCCACCCAUAUUUGGUUUCUUUAACAAUUAUAUACCAGAAGGACAUUUGACAACAUGUUCAUUUGAUUAUGUGUCAACUAAAUUAGUCAAGGCUUUUGUUUUCAUCUUUUUCCUUGGAGCUUGGGUAAUACCAUCAAUUAUAAUUAUCGGCUCUUAUGUUGGCAUCUAUCGAGCGACCCAUCGUUCAUCAGCUCGUUUUGAAACUUAUGCCACAAAAUCAGUUCCAAGUCCAACUUUAAACGAUCAUCACAGUAACAAUCCUAGUCAACAUCAUUCGAGUAACCGAAAUGGUACCAACAUUUAUAACGAAAACUCCAGUAACAAUAGUAACAGUAGUGGUACUAAUAAUCCAACCAAUGGUAACAUAAAUAAUAAUAUAAUGAUUCAACAGCGAACCCAACACCGAAUUAGACUUGAACAUCGUCUCGUUAGAACCUCAAUGGCUUUAAUUACACUUUGGAUGAUCACCUGGACACCCUAUGCAGUUGUCUCUCUAAUUGGUAUAAUUAAUCCUCUUCUAUUAACACCAACCAUGGCCAUGUUACCGGCAAUGUUUGCCAAAACCUCAGCGGUAAUGGAUCCCUUUGUUUAUGGUUAUCUUCAUCCGAGAAUUAAGUUUGAGGUGAAGAAGCGUUUUUUUAAUUGUUGCGUUAAAUCAUUUCAAAGGUCAUCCUCCCUGCGGUCAUCGUUACCAAGUAAAACAUCAACAUCUUCAAAUAGAUGGCAAAAAAUAGCUAAAUUUUAACCUCUAUCAUCAUUAAAACAAACAUGAAGACACAGAAUUUAAAUCAACACCAAUUUCCAAGAUACAUUUACCCUUUUAGAUUAAAACACUUUCCAAAAUGUAAAUACACCAAUUAAUCCAUAGCAUUGGCUAUUAUAGUACCACCACAAGUUCAAUAGAAUUUAAUUUUCUCAUCAAUUAAUUUAAAUCUAAUUACAAGAGGAUUAAAAACAAUUCAAAUUAACAUAUCAACAAAUUUUAAAGAAAAUCAAUCGA